CUUCACUUCUAAAAACUUUCUUCUUUUCUCUGCAAAACAGAUUGCUACUAAGAGGCCAAAGAGGGUAGAAAAGGUGCUUAGACAGCAAGGCUUUUCUGGCAAUUCUUACAAGCUUUUGAUCGGAGACUUGAUACAAGUGGCUCACUCCUUCAUGGAAGCAAACCGCAGUGAACCUUUGGACAAUCUCUCCAAUCACAUCUCCCCUCGCAUCCUCCCCUUCUUGUAUAAAACCAUCACCGCCCAUGGCAAGAAGUCAUUUGUGUGGCUUGGACCAAAACCAGCAGUGUUAAUCUUGGAGCCUGAAAUGAUAAAGGAGAUACUCGCAAAUUACAAGGAUUUUGAAAGGCCAAGUAAUCCGGCAAUGAUGGAGAUGGUACGAGGAUUAGUUGUGUGUGAAGCAAGCAGAUGGUCAAUGUAUAGAAGGAUCAUCAAUCCAGCUUUUCACCUGGAGAAGUUGAAGGCUAUGGUGCCUGCAUUCUAUGCAAGUAGUCGUGAGAUGGUUGAAAAACUGGACAACAUCGUAAAGGCAGAUGGGUCGGAGGUGGACGUGUGGCCGUACGUUGGCACCUUAACCAGCGAUGCAAUUGCAAGAGUUGCUUUUGGGAGCAACUUUGAAGAAGGAAGAAAUAUAUUUGACAAACUUUCUAAGCUCACCAAGCUUGUCACUGGCCUUGGACCAUUUCUAUUCGUCCCACAAUAUUGGAAUUUGCCAACUAAAAUGAAGUGGAAGAUACAACAGACAUCAAGGGAAGUGAGAGCAUUGGUACGAGGAGUUGUGGAGAAGAGGAUGAAGGAGAUGACGAGAGGAGGGGAAGUGGUCGUAACACUUUUAGGUACAAGCAAAUACCCGGAGUAUUCCGGGGUUAUCGAUCCACAGGGAAGCGGGGUAUUAAGCACUAGUUACUAAUUAAUUCACGAGAAGCUAUUCCU